UUCAACGUGGUAACGAAGUUGAGGACAAGUUUACCUGGCCUUUGUUUGAGUGGAAACCUGCACCCGCACUGUUCGUGCGUCUCUUUUUAGGCAUUGGAGGUGCCUAUACUUUGUUUGGUGAACAUUUCCACCCUCUGCGCUUUUAAUUAGACUUUAACUACGCAAGACAACUUUUGGAGGAAAAAACAACAAGCCAAAGAUGAAUGCAACGGACAUUUUUUGCAAUAAUAAUGAAACGUGCAAGUCUACGAACAAUUCCAGUACGGACGCCACCAAUCCCCCCGACAGCUAUAUCGACAUCACUACUUUUAUGCACAUAUUUCCAUCCAUUUAUGGGAUCCUCUGUACAGUUGGCGUCAUAGCAAACGGACUGGUUAUCUUUGCCGUGGCUACAUGUAAAAAGAAAAUGGUGUCAGACAUCUACGUGUUGAAUUUAGCCAUUGCUGAUUUGCUUUUCUUGCUUGUGAUGCCCUUCAAUAUACAUCAGCUGGUACGGGACAGACAGUGGGUUUUUGGGAACUUCAUGUGCAAAGCAGUGGUGGUGGUGGAUGUCAGCAAUCAGUUCACCACAGUUGGAGUGGUGACAGUCCUGUGUAUUGACAGGUACAUCGCCAUCGUGCACCCCACCUCAGACAAGCGCACCAUCCAGUGGACCAUCAUCAUCAACCUGCUGGUGUGGCUGGGCAGCUUCCUGCUCACCGUGCCCGUCAUGAUGUACGCCAAGGUGGUGGGCAAGCGGGACCUGGAGAUGUGCAUGAUGUACCUGGACGGCCCCCAGGACAUGUACUGGUACACCCUCUACCAGUCCAUCCUGGGCUUCAUCAUCCCCCUGGUCAUCAUCAGCACCUUCUACUCCCUGACGCUCUACCACGUGUUCAGCUCCAUCCGGAGGGUGAAGCGCAAGCAGUCCGUGUGGGCCAAGCGGGCCACCAAGACGGUGCUGAUGGUCAUCGCCCUCUUCCUGGUGUGUUGGUCGCCCUACCACGUCAUCCAGGUGGUGAACCUGAGCAACAACACGCCCACCACCGCCUUCAUCUACGCCUACAACAUCAGCAUCUGCCUGAGCUACUCCCACAGCUGCAUCAACCCGCUCAUGCUGCUCAUCUUCGCGCAGAACUACCGGGAGCGCCUGUGCCGGCGCAACGCGCUGCUCAGCUCCCAGCACUCGUCGAAGACCACGUCGGUGAGGCCCGACGGGUCCAGCCUGGCCACCGAGCCCAGCUACCGCUGCACCCCCAUCUGAGCGCGACGCAGGGGGGGGGGGGGGCCUGCGUGGACGAUGAUGCUGCCGCUGUGUGUGAGGGUGCUUCAAUAAAAGGGCUUUG